AUGGGGAGAGGGCUGAUCGAGACGGUGCUCACCCUGCCGCGCCGGUUGGUGCGAACGUCUCGCCUAGAAGACAUGACCGACGAGGAGAAAGCCUUCGCCUGCCUCAGCAGCGAGGUCUACAAGAAGCCCGGCAACGACGACAACGACAACAACAACCCAGCAAGCGACGAGCAUCGCGGGGCACCCUGCGGAUACACCCUCCUGCGGGGCGAGAUACCCGCCGCAGCAGGCGACGACGGGCCCGCCGUGCGCUUGAACGACACGCGCUGGGCCGCGUUCCGCGCGCCCAACCAGGUAGACCAUGUCCUCGCUUUCAGAGGCACGGCGGACAGGCGGGACGCCUUGAACGACGUGCUGCUGUUCCACGGGGAUUUCGACCAGCACAAGUACAUGCUGAACGCCACGGUGUGGGCGCUCGGCGGCGGCGGCGGCGGCGGCCUCAGGUUUUCGGUGACGGGUCAUUCGCUCGGUGGCACCGUGGCGAUGGGAGUUAUGGUCCUGCUCCACGACAUCCCCACCACCGCCAGGCGUCGUCCGAACGACACGAGGUACCAGCAGCAAGUCUUGGGCGCUUGGAACGCGGAGAGGGCCAAUUGGAGCGGGGCGGCCGCGCCGUACGAGCUUGUCGGCGGACACAUUUUCAAUCCCGGCGCCUGGCCCGGUCUAGUCGGUCCCGUUGCGGGAGGAUCGGCGGUGGCCGGUUUCUGGCUCACCGGUGCGUUUACGUUGACGGGUGCCGCGGCCACCGCUGCGAUGUGCGCCGUCACCGUCGGCUCUGGUUGCGCUCUGGCGCUGUACCUCUACCGUAGCCACACCGAGCGUUUGUCCGAUCGCGUGGACAAGCGGGUGACGACGCAUCACAUCAUCGGAGACGUAGUCUCGGGGUUCUUUCGCCUGGGCACGGAGAAGAACUACAUGCCCAAAGACAAGAGGGCUCGUCGGCUGGCGACGGCUUGUUCGCCGGGAAAGAUGGGCAAGGAGUGGGGGUGCCACAGCAUCGCCAACUUCCUCUUCCCGGACAGCGCGGAAACGUUACCGGCGGCGGCUUACUUGGAGCAGAAGGAAAGCCAGGAGUUGCAGCAAGCGCUCCUUCUUAGCAAGGGCUCUAACGUCGCCGGGGAGGGAUCAGCAGCAGCAGCACCGGAGGGGGCGGCAGGGGCAUGGGCAACAACCAACUACGGGGACUAUGACGAAGAGGAGAUACGGGAGGCCCUUCGACGCAGCGCCGCCGAAAGCGAGGGGGGAGCCUGGGAAGAGGAGUCGUGGGAGGAGUUUGCAGAUAUGAUGGCUGGUAGCAUGUUGACCAACGAAGAUCAGGAGGUAUGUGCGGCCAUUCGUCGCAGCGUUGCCGACACGGCGGCUGCAGAGGUUGCAGGUAUGACUGCCAAUAGCAUGUUGACCAACGAGGACGAGAAGGUAUGGGAGGCCCUCUGUCGCAGCUUUGCCGACAUGGUACCUGAGACGAGGAGAGUCGCGGAAGAGGAGGUGUGGGAGGAGUUCGCAAACAUGACGGCUAGCACGUUGGCCUGCGAAGACCUGGAGAUACUGGAGGCACUUCGUCGCAGCGUCUCUGACACGGCCGUCACUUCGAGGGAAGCCGGGGAAGAAGAGGUGUGGGACGAGUUCACAGACAUGGCGACAGUUCGUGGAAAUUGUCAUCUUCGUUGGAAUGGGGGAGUGGGGAGGUAG